AUGUCGCUGCCUUUGAAGAGAUCGUUCAGUACGGAGGGCCAUGCGUCCAGACGUGACUGGAAGACCCGGCUCAGCCUCCGCAGCCGUAGCGGUCACAGCAUGGAUGCUUUGAGAGGCCGUCGAUGCGCCUCUCUCCGAGCGGGAACCUCCAUACGGGUAGACGAUUCGGGAAGAGCAACCCCAGCUCGUGUUCCGAGGGCUGCCUCCUCACCAGGUGACCAACAAACUCCGAAGAAGUCAAACUGGGAAGUCAUUGAGCACUUCUCAUCCAGCCGCAGCAGGAAAAGUCCAACCACUGCCAGUCAGUGGUUACACUUGUCAACGAACAUUUCUUGUGGUCUGAGAGCUGCACCUUCCUUCCACUACAAACCUAUUAUUGAACGCGUGAAUCUGAAGCCAUCGAAUUUAAUAUACUACUUAGUACUUAAUCUAGCUGCGUUGCUGUUUGACGUAUUCGUUAAGCAGCUUAAACUUAACAACACUCGUGGGAAUCAAAUUCAGGACUUCCUGGACCCUUAG